CGGGUGACGUUCUAAAUAAGCGACAGUGCCAUGUUAAAGCAACGCGUUUGCUAGCGUUACAUCGCAAGCAGAGUGUAAAGUGUUUAGGUUAUCGUAUGAAAAUGUGUAAGGUAGAAAUGCUGAGAGCAUUCCUUAAUCAGCGACUGAGCGCUGCCGUCGACGAAAUAGUUGUUGUGUUUGAAAGAACGAUAGCAGAGUACGAGGAGGAACUUUGUCGGACAAAAGAGGAAAACGAAAGACAACGUCAACUGCUGGAUGCUUUUUUCAUGCCUCAAGUUGCGGUGCAGAGAGCGGAGGUGAAUGAAGAAAUCCUUCAUCCUGUGCAGCAGGAGUGGAGCUCCAGGGUGGAGCAACAGGAACCAGACCCCCCUUACAUUAAGGAGGAAGAGCAGGAAGAUGAUAUCACCAAUUUGCCAUUGACGGUUGCUCCUGUGAAGACUGAAUGUGAUGGAGAGAAAGGUCAGAGUGAGCUGAACAGGUGGACCGAGCCUCCAAGCAGCAGCUUAAGCCACAUGACAAGAGAAGAUGAUGGAGAGCACUGUGAAGCAUCACAACCAGAAAGCCUCUUGGCUCCUCUAUCAGACGACUACAUAAUGCCACAUUCGCCUGACACUGAUGAUGAAGAACACUUGAAAGGUGAUUCGACGUAUCACACUGGCAAGAAACAUUGGAAAUGUUCCCAAUGUAACAAAACCUUUGGUGUCAAGAUAAAUCUGAAAAGACACAUGGUCAUUCACACAGGAGAGAAACCUUUCGCCUGCUCGGUUUGUGGUAAAAGGUUCACCCAAAAGGCACACUUGACAUCGCACUUCAGAACACACACUGGAGAGAAGCCUUUUGCCUGCUCCUUUUGCGGUAAAAGAUUCUCUCGAAGUGAAUGUUUGAUAACACACACAAGGACACACACUGGCGAGAAACCGUUUCGUUGCAAUGUGUGUGAUCAAAGAUUCUCUUAUAAAUAUAAGAUUAAGAAACACAAGUGUCCUGGUGAGAGGAGCAACACUAAAUCGUUGAUUUUCUGCCCUUCAGAUGUCAGUAAAGAUGCCAAUUCUACUGAGGAGCAGGAGUGGCGCUCCAGGGUGGAGCAGCAGGAGCCAGAGCCUCCCCGCAUUAAAGAGGAAGAGGAUGAACACAGUAUCAAUGAGGAGGGUGAGCAGCUUGGGGGGCUGGACUUCCCAGUGAUUCGCGUCAUCGUGAAGAAUGAAGACGACGAAGAUGAGCCUCACUCCUCACAGCUUCAUGGCAGCGACGGUGAGAAGCGAUCCCAAGCCGACAGUCACAUAGCACAACUAUCAGAGAGCGAGGACACACGCUCACAUUCUCCUGACAUAGAUGAUGAGCAUUGGGCCAAACGCUGGAAAGGUGAUCGGACAUGUCCUUCUAACAACAAACACUGGACAUGUUCUAUAUGUGGGAGAAGCCUUUAUGACAAGAAAACAUUGAAAGUCCACAUGAGAACGCACACGGGAGAGAAACCUUUCGUCUGCUCGGUAUGCGGUAAAACAUUCGCUCAGAGGGGUAACUUGAUCAAACAUACAAGAACGCACACUGGGGAGAAACCCUUCACUUGUCCAUAUUGCAGCACAAGUUUCAGUGACAGUUCCACGUUAGUGAAACACAUGAGGAGACACACGGGUGAAAAACCUUUCAGCUGCUCCUUGUGCGGCGAAAGAUUCUCUCGGAAGUCCAACUUAACGACGCACACAAGAACGCACACUGGAGAGAAACCGUUUGCAUGCUCGGUUUGCAGCACGACAUUCAGCGACCGUUCAACGCUGAACAAACACAUUAGAACGCAUACAGGAGAGAAACCUUUUAGCUGCUCAGUGUGUGGCCAGAGGUUCUCUCAGAAGGGACACAUGACGACACACACGAGACGACACACCGGAGAGAAACCUUUUACCUGUUCAGUCUGCCACACCAGUUUCAGUGACCGUUCAACAUUUGUCCGGCACAUGAGAAGACACAUGGGACAGAUGCGUUUGCCUGCCAGUGAGAAAAAGAUCAAUUGAAAUGGCAAGCUGAUGAGACAAUUUUGAUUCGUAGUGUGUUUUGAUGUCUUUUUUUUUUAUGGCGCCGUCGUGAGAGUGGCAGCAUCCCAGCAGUGUCCCAUAGUGCAUUUUCUCCUGAAAUUUCAUCUGAAAGUCCAAUAUCCAGAACUUUUUUAAGUAGUGUGGAUGUCAAGAUAAGAAAGCUAAGUGUGCUGGUGGACAACAUAUUAUGUAUAUUUUACAUUCAAAACAUUUGCUAUCUUAAAUACGUACAAUACCGACUUGUACAUAAGCACAGCUUACUUCUGUAAUAUCCGAUCAUGAUUUUGAUGCUCCUAAUAAAUUGAAAUGUUAAGAA